AGUGCAAAGAUGUCAAUCUAUAGUGAUGAUACCGAUGGCCUUCACUUGCUACAAACGUACAUAGAAGAUACACUUCCUUCGCUAAAAAGAGAGCAAGUGUGUAGCAUUCUGGAUAAAUGUCUUGAAGUUGGCGUGGACAAACCUACGGAUUUCAAGUAUGUCAGUGAAGGUGACCUUUCCGAGCUGAAUCUCAAGAAGGUCCAAUUGAGGAAGUUACUGAGCGCAUUUGACGCUAGUGACCCGGACGCUGCCUCGCUUGAGACCCAGCACAAGUCACCAUCUGGUGUUUUGCCAUCUGCAUCGUCACCAUCGCACACAUCAAGUGGCUGGUCAACAGACUACAGCGUACCUUGGGACAAAAUGCCCGCUGCUCUGCAGAAAGACCUACAAAGGAAAGAACGUCCUCUUCCAUCCACGAGGAGACAAAUGGUUAGGAUCAUUGUAGACGACAUAUCGGCCAAGAUCACUCAUAAACCAGGUAGAAAGCAUCUCUGCAACAUCGCCUCCAAAAUUGUGUGUCAUUACCCUCACUCGUUUCAAGACCAACUUGGAGGAACUGUAAUUGGAAGAGGGUAUGAUUCACUUCUAUCUCAGCUGGAGACCCGCAUUGCCAAUAUCACAAGGGUAACCAAACCUACUCGUGCUGUCCAUGACAUAGACUCUGAUAGUGGUGCUGAAAGGCCAGCCAAGAAAAUCAAGGCCAGUACUAGUUACAGUACCCAGAACUGGCAACCGGAUUUGCCACAUGAUGAGGAUGUCGAUUCCCAAAAUGACAAAAAAAUUGCCAUGCUGACAAUGCACUCCAAAGAGGUGUGGGACAAGGCAGCAGUCGCACAACUCUUGAGCGAUACUUAUUCCACACUAAGAUCUGUGAUUAACAGCGGUGCAACAUCGAUUCUGACCAUCGAAGCAGAAUGGCCCUUCCUCUUUGAGGAAAUUGGCAUGCUGGAACACUUUGAAAAACUUUACCACCACUCCUGA